UCACGACCUUUGCCUACCUUCUCAAUCACCAGAUUCCACGGCACCCGCUCCGAUAAACUCUUGCACGGGGGGUACACGAAGACACUUACACAAGUAAUUAUUUACAAGCUGGCAUAAUGGGAAUCAAGCAGCUUUUCCAGAUUGUCAAGGAGGAGGCUCCUGACGCCAUCAAGGAAGGCGAGAUCAAGAAUCAGUUUGGUCGCAAAGUCGCGAUUGAUGCGUCCAUGAGCAUCUACAGCUUCCUCAUUGCAGUUAGAUCCGACGGCCAACAGCUCACGAACGAGAGUGGCGAAACUACAUCACAUCUCAUGGGAAUGUUCUAUCGUACAUUGCGCAUCGUCGAAAAUGGCAUCAAGCCUGUCUAUGUCUUCGACGGCGCCCCGCCAAAGCUCAAAUCCGGCGAGCUUGCCAAACGGUUUCAGCGAAAGCAGGAGGCAACCGAGGGUCUAGAGGAAGCAAAGGAGACGGGCACAGCCGAGGAUGUGGAGAAGUUCUCACGACGGACUGUUAGAGUCACAAGGGAACACAACGCCGAGUGCCAGCGACUGCUUAAGUUGAUGGGCGUCCCAUACAUCAUUGCCCCCACCGAGGCCGAGGCGCAGUGUGCAGUGCUCGCGAGAGCCGGCAAGGUCUAUGCUGCUGCGAGCGAGGAUAUGGAUACCCUCUGCUUCGAUACCCCCAUCCUCCUCCGCCAUCUCACGUUCAGUGAGCAGAGGAAGGAACCGAUCCAGGAGAUCCACCUGGAGAGAGUCCUCGAGGGCCUGAACAUGGAACGGAAACAGUUUGUCGACCUUUGCAUUUUGCUCGGCUGUGACUACCUCGACCCGAUCCCCAAGGUUGGCCCGCACACGGCCUUGAAGCUGAUUCGCGAGCACGGCACGCUUGAGGAGGUAGUCGAAUUCAUGAAGAAAGAUGCCAAGGGACGCUACGUGAUCCCUGAUGACUGGCCUUUCGAGGAUGCACGAGAUCUAUUCUUCUCGCCCGACGUCCGCUCGGCAGACGAUCCCGAGUGUGACUUCAAGUGGGAUAAACCAGAUAUCGAGGGCCUAGUGCAAUUUCUCGUGAAGGACAAGGGCUUCUCCGAAGAUCGAGUUCGAGCCGGCGGCGCCCGUCUGGAGAAGAACCUCAAGAGCUCCCAACAGUCUCGACUCGAGGGGUUCUUCAAAAUCGUCCCCAAGACCGAAGAAGAACGAAAGGCGCAUAAGCGGAAGCUCGAGGAGCAGAACGAGGCCAAGAAGAAGAAGCUCAAGGAAGAGAAGAAGGAGAAGGCUAAGCUCAAGGCGAAACCUCGUGGUGCCGCUUGAGAUGCUACAUUUCUCUUUUUCUUUCUCUGUUCUUCUUUUUGCUCUUACUGGCACAUUCAGGGGUGGGGAUCAUUGCUUAUCAGGGGCAGGAGUUCUGAUGAUAGCCGUGCCUCUGGACUAUCGCCUAUCUGGGUUCACGCAUGGCGUUGCUGGAGUCUGAGGCACUGGAAGGGCGUGACUAAAAGAUGCAAGCUUGGAAAUGGGUAUUUGGCUACCUAGGUAAUCACCCUCACCUGCCAAACUUAGCUAGGCAUUGUGAUAUUGUAAAAUCUUAUGCGA